AUGUGGAGAGACGGAGAUGUAACCCUUUGGUACGCUAUUGAUAUGGACCGUCUCUGCAAGUUCUAUCAGAGCGUUAAUGCUGCCCCCAACCUGAUCAAGGUGAUCCGCAUGAAAGCAGGCAUUAGUCUGACUUGGACGAAGGUUUGGAACGAUAGCAGAGGCAACGUCAUUGACCACGUUAACCAUUUCUGGCGUCAAUGGGUUACUGAAGAGUUCAGUAAACCAGGAAACUACAGCAGAAAGGACCUUCGUAACAAGCCGAGGCUUGUACUGGACAGUUAUGACAAGAGACUUCGACAAGAAGCAUCCAGCAAGCCUGAUCAAACUAAGGAGGACACACCUGAAUUCUCUAACACCUUUCCUGGGACUUUUAAGCCUAUCAAAAAGACGCCUUCUUCAGCACCUCAAGACGACGAUCUCACCAGUCUCUUUGGUUCGAUGCGCCCCCCCUCAGAUACUGGUGUGCCACAGGACCAGCCAGGCUUCUCUACCACGCCAGCCCCAGAAGGUAACGUGGUAAGGCCAUCUCCUAAGCCUGAUCAGGCUCAGGAUGAAGACGGCAAAGAGGAGGUUAGCGAUGCUGAGUCUGAGGCCACCGCGAAGCCUGCGCUCCCGCGCUGCCCCCUUAACCUCAAGCGAUUGUCUAAUGUGGCUUCUACUGUGUACAUGAAGACUGAAGGACAGCGAAAUACUUAUGAGAAAGCUCUGUUUAACACACAGGAGCAGCGCCACAAACUAAGGGAGCGCAGGGUCAAGUCUAUUACUGACUACACUAGGGACGAAUAUGUUAGUAUGUUUGAGAACCCUUAUGAGACGGUGGCAGUGCGACAGCGCCCUUGGCAGCUGUUUCUACGACCUACAAUUGCACCUGGAUGGGAGGGUUAUAAGCGGUAUGAUCAGGGACAGGAGUGGGAUGCUAAGUUUGAGGAGGAGUGUCUUGAGGCUGAAAGGGAGGUAGCUUGUAACGAGGCGAGUGGCUCGAGAUACUCUUUCCGCCGCCGCUAG